UCCUUCAGAUAAUGACACUAUCUAUUGGGUGGACAUGGGUAUGAGCACAAUCAGUCGAGCCAAACGGGACCAGACCUGGAGAGAGGAUGUCGUGACCAAUGGCAUUGGCCGAGUGGAAGGGAUUGCUGUGGACUGGAUUGCAGGAAACAUUUAUUGGACAGACCAGGGCUUUGAUGUCAUUGAAGUCGCCAGGCUCAACGGUUCAUUCCGCUAUGUAGUGAUUUCACAGGGAUUGGAUAAGCCACGUGCCAUUACAGUACACCCAGAGAAAGGAUACCUUUUUUGGACAGAGUGGGGCCAGUACCCUCGUAUUGAACGUUCUCGGCUGGAUGGAACAGAGCGUGUGGUCCUCAUCAACAGCAGCAUCAGCUGGCCCAAUGGGAUUUCUGUCGAUUAUGAAGAUGGGAAACUUUACUGGUGUGAUGCUCGGACAGAUAAGAUUGAACGCAUAGACCUAGAGACUGGCGAUAAGAGGGAGGUUGUCCUAUCCAGUAACAACAUGGAUAUGUUCUCGGUAUCUGUCUUUGAGGAUUAUGUCUACUGGAGUGACAGGACUCACGCAAAUGGUUCCAUUAAAAGGGGCAGCAAGGACAACGCAACAGAAAUUGUGUCUCUACGCACAGGAAUAGGAGUACAGCUGAAGGACAUCAAGGUGUUCAACAGAGACAGGCAAAAGGGUACCAAUGUGUGCGCGCAGAAUAAUGGUGACUGUCAGCAAUUGUGUCUGUAUCGAGGAGCAGGUCAGCGGACAUGUGCCUGUGCCCAUGGAAUGCUCGCUGAGGACGGCGUAAGCUGCCGUGACUACGAUGGGUACCUGCUCUAUUCAGAACGGACCAUUCUCAAAAGUAUCCACUUAUCCGAUGAGAACAAUCUCAACGCACCCAUUAAGCCAUUUGAAGACAGUGAGCACAUGAAAAACGUCAUCGCCUUGGCCUUUGAUUACCGCCACGGCAGCAAGGGCAGCAACCGCAUAUUCUACAGUGACAUUCAUUUUGGCAAUAUCCAGCAAAUCAAUGAUGAUGGAACUGGGCGAAGAACUCUAGUUGAAAAUGUUGGUUCUGUUGAGGGAUUGGCUUAUCACCGAGGCUGGGACACCUUAUACUGGACAAGCUACACUACUUCCACCAUUACACGACAUACUGUGAACCAGACGCGUAUCGGAGCUUUUGAAAGAGAGACUGUGAUCACUAUGUCCGGAGAUGACCAUCCCCGAGCCUUUGUGCUAGAUGAGUGUCAGAACCUGAUGUUCUGGACCAACUGGAAUGAACAACACCCCAGCAUCAUGCGAGCUACGCUGUCAGGUGCCAACAUGAUCACCAUCAUUGACAAGGAUAUCCGCACACCCAACGGUCUGGCCAUUGACCACAAGACAGAGAAAAUCUACUUUUCUGAUGCCACCCUGGACAAGAUAGAGCGAUGUGAAUAUGAUGGCUCCAAACGAUAU